AUGCGUCAGCAGGGCGCUCUCGCCUACGGUACUCGCCGUCCUCCGACACGCGCCCCAUUCGGGGCCGAAAAGGGCAGCCAGAGGACGUGGGGCCGCGGCGUGCGGGGCACCUCCCCCCCGCUUCCCUCCAGGGCCCUCCGCCCCUCACUCUUUCUCCGCCUUCCUCCCUCACCACCACCCUCGCUCCCUUGCCCCUCCCCCUCUCCAGACUCACUGGCACAUCCCGUCUCGAUCCCCACCCCCGCCCACCCUCAUGCACACACAAUCCGCCGCACACAAGCCUUCAUCCUCACACCCCCUCCCACUCUCCCACCCGCCCACGUGUUGGCCGGCGUCACUGGCCCCCUGGCACGCACCCGCAGCACUGCCGGCACUGCCAGCAUGUCCCGCGACCGCAGCAGCACGCACCGGCGCCGCAGCGUCGCCGCACGCCUGAUGCGGCUCGCCGCAGCGGGCCUCGUCAUGGCCGUCGGUGCCGCCGCCGUGUGGGUGCAGGCCGCCGGCCAUCACUGCGUCCACGACAGGCUGCAGGCCCGCGUGCUGCAGUCGGUGGCACAGCAGCACAGGCCUCCCGGCAGCGUCUCGGCCCUCGGUCUGCCCUACGUGUCCGCCGACCCCAUCAGCAGCGCUCACACCGUCGACUGGGCGCUGGCCGACAGCACGUCGCCGAGUGUCGCGCACUCCGCGGACUGGGGCACGCUGCGCAUCUUAGUCUCCACCGCAGACCUCACGGACCCCGACUGCUACUGCUCCUACGUUGGGCAGCUUGUGAACAACCACGCUGGCGCUCUCGACAUCUGCAAAGGCGAAGACAUCCUCACCGACGCGAAGCGCCACAUCCUCGUCACCUACCUCUUACCACUGGCGCUGCAGCUGCACGCGGAGCGGCUGGAGGUGAGGCAGGUGCAGGGCACCUGGAAGGUGACCGGCAUGGAGGGCGACGUGUGCGGCACCUUCAAGGUACCGGAGGAACACGUCACGGUAGGCUUCAGCAACAUCGACUUCGUGCUGUACGUUGCCUCGGUGCCGAGCGAUCCGGGCGUGAUGGCGUGGGCUGUAAUGUGCCAGGCGUUCCCUGACGACCGACCUGCCGUGGGUGUCGUCAACAUCCCGACCGCCUACAUUCAGUCAGCCUACGACCAGAUUAUGGUGCGCACCGUGGCGCACGAGGUGGCGCACGCCCUCGGCUUCGACCUCACCGCUUUCGAUGCACUCGAACUCAUUCAUGAGGUGAACAACUUGCGCGAGAGGGACUACGAAGUUCCUGUGCUCAACACCCCCACGGUGGUGGCCAAGGCGCGCGAGCAGUACGGCUGCACCACCUUGACGUUUCUGGAGCUGGAGGAUACGGGCGGCUCGGGCUUUGCUGGAUCACAUCUGAAGGGACGCAACGCCAAGGACGAGCUCAUGGCGCCUGCCUCGGAUGCUGGGUACUACACUAACCUGACCAUGGCCGUCUUCCACGACUUUGGCUUCUACCAGGCGGACUUCACCAAGGCCGAGGUGAUGCCGUGGGCCUAUCUCGCCAGCUGCGACUUCAUCACCAAGAAGUGCAUGGAGAACAACAUCACGCAGUGGCCAGAGAUGUUCUGCAACACCACGGAGAGGCGGUAUCGGUGCCCCAGCGACCGCCUUAAAAUCGGGACGUGCAGCAUAGCCACGUAUGACAACCCGCUGCCGACGUACUUCCGGUACUUCACCAAAACGUCUGUUGGCGGGCGCUCGUCGUUCCUGGACUACUGCCCGGUUAUCGUGGGCUCCAGUGAUGGUGCUUGCAAUCAGGACCCAUCGACGGCGUCGCCUUCUUUAAAGGAGUUCAACGUCUUCUCCGACGCGUCGCGCUGCUUGGAUGGGGCCUUCACACCGAAGCACAGCACUGGUCCCCCUGGGCCGUACAAUGGCUUGUGCGCCAACGUGAAGUGCGACAGAGCCCACCACACAUACAGCGUCCAGGUGUACGGCAGCAGCGGCUACGUCGCAUGCACGCCGGGCCAAAGCAUUGAGCUGGCCACGACCAGCGACGCCUUCGUGGAAGGCAGCUACAUUAUGUGCCCGCUGUACGUGGAGGUGUGCCAGGCCAACAUCAAGGGAGUCAUAGACUUCGAGGGAGACGCUGCCGACACAGCGGCGGUGUGA